GCGACGUAGGCUUCAACUGAUUGACGCGCUGCCCUGGUCUUCAGAUUCAUCGGAAAACUACAAAAAUGUGCAUUGAGCUUCCUUAUCAAGACUAGAGCUGAUCCCCGACGGAUUGAGAUGCCGUGGAAGCGGGGUCAAAGAUAAGUUGAGACAGGACCUUUUGCAAGACCUUUUGCGACCUACCCUGUUUCACCGUCUGACAAUUCAUAACCGUCUUCAAUCCCGACUCAAAUUCUUCAUCGAGAAGUACUACAACAAUGGGCUUUUUAAAAACGGCAUUGCUCCUAGCGGGAACUUCACUUGGGGCUUUUGCCUCGCAGAUACCGCUCAAGGACACAGACUCACCGGAAGCCUCCACGUUUCAAGUUCACCAAAGCUCGCUAUUUCCAGAGCAUACGAUCCGCAUCAGAGAGCAGGUUGACGACUCCAUAUGCGACGCCCGCGUGAAGCAGUACACAGGCUGGCUCGAUGUCGGCAACCAGCAUCUUUUCUUCUGGUACUUUGAGAGCAAGAAUGCACCCAAAACAGACCCUCUUGUGCUUUGGUUGACGGGAGGCCCCGGCGGUUCUUCAAUGCUGGGAUUGCUUCAAGAGCUUGGACCGUGUCUGAUCAACGAGCAUGGUAAUGGGACGGUUCAUAACCCUUAUGGGUGGAAUGAGAAUGCGAACUAUAUCUUUGUCGACCAGCCUGCAAGCGUUGGCUUCUCGUACCUGGAUGAGGGAGAGCCGAUUCCGUCAAAUUCUUUCGUCGCUGCUGAGAGUAUGCACAAGUUCUUACAACUUUUUGUGAGCCAAGUAUUCCCGGAUCUUGCCGACAGGCCCUUCCAUAUCUCGGGAGAGAGUUACGGAGGCCACUAUAUCCCCGUACUGGGAGCGACUAUUGUUGCACAGAACAGCCUCUACCCUAAGCGACCUCAAGUCAAUCUCGAGUCAGUUCUCAUCGGCAACGGCUACGUCUCUCCCCUGGACACACACUUCGGAUACUGGGAAACACUUUGCACCACGAACCCAGGUGUUGACAAGCCUGUUUUCAACAGCACACGCUGUGACAUUAUGGCCGCGAACCUUCCGCGAUGUCUUGACCUCGCACGGGUAUGUUAUGAGCAUCCCGAUCAUGCUAUCUGUGGCGCUGCAGGCAAAGUCUGCUGGGACGGUGUCAUCAGUUGGUAUGAUGGAGAGUCCGGUACAGGGGGCAACAGGAACAGAUUCGACAUUACCAGGCCCUGCGAAUCUGGAGAUGAUCUGUGCUACAAGCAAGCAGGCCUCAUUGAGAAGUAUCUCAACACCCAGAAAGUUUUCGAUGCCUUAGGCGUACCCAGUGCAGUGACGAACUACUCCAUUUACGCGAUGGAUGUAGAAGUUGCUUUUAGUCUGGGAUACGACCAAGAAAUCAGCACCCAGUCACAGAUUCUAUACUUGCUCGAUCACGAUAUCGACGUGCUAAUGUACCAAGGAAAUCUCGAUCUUGCAUGCAACACCGCUGGUAACUUGAGAUGGAGCAAUAGUAUGCCCUGGAAAGGACAGCCGGAAUAUGUUGCGCAACGGCAGAGGUCCUGGGGAGCUGAUGGUGAUGAGUUUGGAUGGUAUAAGGAGGUCAAGAUCAAGAUGGGCGAGAGAGAUAAGAAAACUACAUUCGCUUUCGUUACUGUUGAUGGGGCUGGCCAUAUGGUACCUCAGGACAAGCCGAAAGAGGGUCUGGAAUUGGUGAACAGGUGGUUGAAGAAGAGAACUUUCAACAAAUGAAUCAAUCUUGACUCGAAAUUGGGAAUUUCGGAUUUGAAGUUGAGUAAUGACAGUAGUUGAGUACUUGGGCUUGCAGGACCUUCGUACAAUACAGAGGAAAGACGCCUGACGUUGGAAUGAGCCUUUGGAGAUAACACUAGGUAUGGGUGCCAAGGUUUCCCCAAGAACAUUUGUAUCAAGCAUCCAAGGACGCGUCCCGUUACUUUCCAUUGUUUUCCGCGGUUAUGAAAGCGACAUGUGGUUUGAAAGGAAUUCUUCCCACCAUUCGUCUCUGAGUGCUCGAGAUGAGAACAAAGAGUGUACUAAUGCAGCAUGAGCCCUUCCCUACUCAUCGU